UUAGCCGAGUAUUGAGCUACCAGCUGACCUACUUUCUCUCAGCCACUCGGUCCUGUUUACAAGUCCCUGCCAGCGGAGGAUGUGGAGUACAGUGCAUGGAAAAUAGACAGACACAGCCCGCAACUAGCAAACAGCACAAGAGGGACAUUUAGCUGGUGUUUUUGUUGAUAAACGAGGACUGCCGAAGCCGCAGACAGCUCCAGGAGAUCAAUAACAGCACGUUAUUAACUUAGGCGUUCUUACGCAAUUUAACGCUUUCGGUGCUCUGGUGGUGGUGACGCUCAGCUGCUAUGCUGUAGUUGAACAAAAAUGACUAGAUUGGUUAAAGUUAAGUGUGGAUCAUUCUUUCUUCUGGACGCACGUUUUCAAGGGUUUGGCGUUUCUUUGAUGGACUUGAGAGGGCGGUGGGCAACUGGUCCGUGAUAUUUUUUUCCAAAAGGGGGCUCAGACGAGGUCAGUGCGGAUGGGACUAAUUAGAUUUGAGAGUGGGCCUGGCUGGGGAAAGGAGUGAGUAUGGACAACCUUUCUGACUUCGGGGGCACCUGUCCAUCCACCCACAGGGAAUGGGACACCAACAGCUGUGUGGACGAUUUAAUGGAUGAAGAUGAAAAAGACAAGGCAAAAAGGGCGUCUCGUAACAAAUCGGAGAAGAAGAGAAGAGACCAAUUCAAUGUGCUCAUCAAAGAGCUGUGCACCAUGCUGCAGGGCCAGGGCCACCCGCGCAAGAUGGACAAGUCCACCAUACUGCAGAGGACUAUCGACUUCCUGCAGAAACAGAAAGACAUCACUGCACAGAACGAAACCUGCGAUGUGAAGCAGGACUGGAAGCCUUCGUUCCUCAGCAAUGAGGAGUUCACUCAGCUGAUGCUGGAGGCCCUCGAUGGUUUCUUAAUAGCGUUAACUACAGACGGCAACAUCAUAUACGUAUCUGACAGUGUGUCUUCACUCAUUGGCCAUUUACCGUCUGAUAUGGUGGACCAAAAUAUCUUGAAUUUCCUCCCGGAGCGGGAACACGGGGAGGUGUAUAAGCUACUAUCAUCCCACAUGCUGAUGACUGACCCCGUUGCUGCUGACUUUCUUGACAGUGAGGCACAUACUGAAUUUUGCUGCCAUCUAGCCAGAGAAAACAUUGACCCAAAUGAGCCGGUUGAGUACGAGUAUGUCAAGUUUGUUGGAGAUUUCAAAUUCCAUAAUAAUGUGCCUACAUCUUCUUGUAACGGGCUGGAUUUGACGUUACCAAGGAGCCUGCAGACGUCACUGGACGAGCAGGUCUGCCUCAUCGCUACUGUACGAUUAGUCACUCCGCAAUUUCUAAAGGAUUUAUGUAAUGUGGAGGAUCCUUCUGAUGAAUUCACAUCCAGACACAGCCUUGAAUGGAAGUUUCUGUUUUUAGAUCACAGGGCUUCACCAAUCAUAGGAUAUUUACCCUUUGAGGUUCUUGGUACUUCUGGUUAUGAUUACUAUCAUGUGGAUGACUUGGAGCUUAUAGCUCAGUGCCAUAAGCAGCUAAUGCAGUUUGGAAAGGGUAAAUCCUGCUAUUAUCGCUUCCUGACCAAAGGUCAGCAGUGGAUUUGGUUGCAGACUCAUUACUACAUCACCUACCACCAGUGGAACUCCAAGCCUGAGUUCAUCGUCUGUACGCACACUGUCGUCAGUUACGCUGAAGUGCGAGCUGAAAGAAGGCGAGCGUUCCGCUUUGAAGAGCUGUCUCCACCUGGCAUCGCUCCCUCUUCAGUGAAGGCGCAGGAGCUGUACCUGGACAUCUGCUCCACACUGGACCCUCCGCGGGACCGAACAAGCGGCGCACGUUCGGUUUCCUCCCACAGCUCCCGGAAGUCCUCCCACACAGCGAUGUCAGACUCCGCAUCAGCAAACUCCUACACAGAGGCGUGCACGCCGUCAUGGCAGUCUGCUUCCAUCGGGACAGAGAAGACCUCUUCCAGACUUCAACCUAGUAGUUCAAAGAAUUUGGCACAAAGACAAAACUCCUUCGACAUCGCUCCCCAAAUGAGCCGUCUCCGUUCCCCUACCUGCAGCAAGCAUUCCGCGAUGCCGCAGCAGACGCAAACGCAGAGGCAGCAGCAGCAGACACAGCCGCAGACGCAGCAGCAGCCGUCGCCCAUGUACCCGCCGCAGCAGCCUCAGGUCUGUGUGAUGAACCAGCUGAAGGAGCAGUUGGAGGAGAGAACGCGCAUUCUGCAAGCUGACAUUAAGACGCAGCAGCAGGAGCUGCAUGACAUUAAAGAGAAGCUUCACCUUGCUAACAUCCAGAUGUUGUUACAGCAGCCUUCCCACAAUGACUUUGGCCAGGCCCAGCAGCAGAACCAGCAGCCGCCGCUGCAGCAGAACCAGCCGCAGCAGAACCAGUCAGGGGUGAUCAGGCAGCGCUCGGGCCACCCAAAGCCAUCGUCCUGCGGGGCCCACAGAUCCUCCCCUCACUCACUCCGGAGAGAGAACAGCUCACCCUCAGCGCAGGUGCCGCAGAGGAUUGCGUGCAGCGGGCAGACGCAGCUGGUGAGCAUGCCUGUGCAGACCAACACGAGUGUGACCAUGCCCUUCUACAGCAACCCCAUGAUGUUCUCUCAAACCAACACCCGCUCUCUGCAGGACGCAAGCCAAAGACACACAGACAGCGAGUACAACCAAGAUGGACAACUUCGCAUGCUACUCAACCAGCCGAUGCAGACGCUGGUUCCCACGAGCAGCGUCACCACGCAGCCUUCCCAGUGCAACAUGGGCAUCUCCCAAACCAUAUACACCUUGGAGCAGCAGAUCAUCGCCCCUUCGUUCUCCAUGCAACAGGUCAACUGCAACGCCGUCCUCGUGCCCUCCCCCUGCUUCACAUCCCCCAUCAUGAUCCCACCCAACGGUUUCAUUACCAAUCAGCCCCAGUCGGGUUAUCAGACGCAGCCUCAGGCUUCUCCGCACCCCCUGCAGCUCCAGCAGCCCCAGCAGUUCUUUCAGAUGGCUCAGGGUCUGGUUCACAGCGGGUCUACUCCAACGUUCUUACACACCACGAAUGUCCCACAGCAAAGCACUGUGGGAUACAUCCAGCAGCAGCAAACACAGCAACUCCUGCAGGCACAACAGCAGCAGGUGCAACACAUGCAAUAUCAACAUUCCCAAAACCAGACUGGCAGUGUGACAGACUUCAGAAAUAUGCUGACUCGGUAGCGCAGUGGACCGUGUUAAGAGAUCUCAGCUCUGUCGUCAUUGGCGGGCAGCAGGACGUUGUGGCAUUUGAAGUCAAACCCAGUUCUGUGGAAAGAAAGGCCACCAAGUGGAAUGUCUGCUUCUAGUGACCUCACUGUUGAUGUCCAGUACAGGCUGGUCAGUGGGAGCCAGAGGCAGAGGAGCAAUGACCCAACGUCACCUGCAGGAGGGGAGGGGAGGCUGAGGGUCUGGACCUUAUCUGUGGGCCACUCAGAUGCAUAAAAGUGGAAGUGAGGGGACUAUCAAAGCUCUCGAGAAGACAUGUUUCAAUGUGAAAGAGUUCCCUUCUAAAUGUCUCUUUGCAUUGUGUACUGCCACCUGGAAUAUUUAUUUUUUGCCCAUGAAUUAAUAUCCUUUUUUCUUCACUAAUAAUGAGUCCAUGCCCCUCCCAAGUGACGUACAAUCAUCACCCAUGGUCAGAUAUUUUAGCUUCAACUCAUUGCGUAUCAUUUAGUUGGCAGAGAACAGAAGUCUUUGUCCACAAAAUAACGCUGUACUGUUAAUGUCACGCACCAGAGAGGGCUUUAUUGUGACACAUGCAGCAGAGAGGAAUAUUCUUCGAUAAUUUAGUCUUUACUAGAUUUUUAAAGCCAACCCCUCCCUUGUCUUCAUAGAAGAAUAACCGUCCUAUAACGAGAAACCAGAGGGGAAAUAUUUGUGCCUUUACCCAUGGUCCGCCCGGAGCGCGGUUUGAUGGUUGGGUCUGAUUACGGCUUUAAAAAUCCAGCUCAGGUCCAUUUGGAAUACAAAGUUAUAUUUUCAUAGGUCAUCAGUUAUUAUUUUCUGCAUCAGAUAAAACAAAAGACAUCUAGAUUUUUAACAUGCGUAUAUAAAACAAUAAAUAUAUAUUGGAUGCUUUUUGCAACCUUUAAAUCUAAACUCUAUAAGAUUCAUUUAACUACUUACUUAAACCCUUAAUGUUUAUUUAUUUGAUAUGUAUUUGAAAAAUAUGAUAUUAAGAAACUAGUUUUAUAUAAAAAGGUUUAAUUUUAUGUGUUUAUUGAGGCAUUGAAGGGUCAACGCGGGUCCUAAUGUCCCACAGCAUCUGGUUGAUUAUGAACCGUCUACUGAAGGGUAAGGGGAUCUUAAUAUAUGAGAAACACUUUGGUAGCCGUCUUGCCUGCUCUGUGGAUAAUUGUGAACAGUUUAUCACCUGGUUUAUUCUGCAUUCCUGUUGUUUUGACAAUCUGUCACUAAUUACAAACUGUAAUCAUGACCAAAUCAACUUUUUAAAAUCACGUCCUAUCCUGAAAGUGAUCUGAUCAAAAACAGAAAAUACUGCGAGCAGAUUUAUUUCCUCAUAAAAGUAGAAACCUCCAAUGCAUUAUAAUUGUGUCAUACAGAUGCAGCAGUAACAAAAACAUGACAUUGAACUGGCACAUGGUCAUUUUGAAUAGAAAGAGAAAGAUAACGGUCAUUUCAGAGCGCUGCAAUAAUGGCGAGAUGUCAAGGGAGAAACCGGACUAAAGAACCUGAUUCAUCGCAGAUUUCGUCGUUUACAUUUAAAAAUCUAUCUUUAAAUCAGGAAAAACUGUUUCUAAUGACUCAGUGAUUCCUGUGGAACUUGUGCUACACAUUAUAAAAAGUGUUUAAUACAGCAGUUUGCCCUCGCCACACGUUUAAGCUGGCUGCGUCAUCAGAUCCCUUGCAGGCCCGGCGCUGCUGGACUCAACAGAACCCCUGUGCCCAUUUACACUACACUAUGUGCAAUGUCAAUUUGAAAAAGAAGAAUGUUAAUUUAUACAGGAGUGUGUAUAUAUACAGGUGUUUAAUAAGCCAUUGUACCAUGAUAAUUAUAUGGAAGUAUUUUUUUUAUUUUCUAACAUUCCGUCACAGCUCUUGAAGCUAUCAGAUAUGUGCAGUGGGAAACAUAUGUUCAGCGUGACCAUGAAAUAAGAUUAGAUAAAGCGUCUUUCUGUCCUCGGCAAACAGAAUAUCAGACACUGUGGGAUCAGGGUGCAGCCUUGUGGUCUUUAGAGGGUAGUUCAGCCAAAAUAACCGAGUUUAAACCUGCACAUUUAUUGAGCGUGCUUUCAGUUUCAGUGACAGAUUUCUAUCUAAUGGCUUUUAAGAAAAAGUGCAAUUGUACAUCAUCAAACUCCUUCUUUUGUACAGCUGAGGGAAGUCUCUUGAGGAAUUUACACCCACAUUUGGUAUGGCAGAAGUUAUGAGAGUAUUUGAUUUAAACUCAGCCAGCAACUUCUAUGGAUGACUAAAACAUGUUUUUCAUUCUCUGGAAGAAGACACUCCUUUCCCUUUAUCAGUAACCUUUAACCUUUCAGUUAUUGCAGUAACACUUCUCCUUGAGGUUGUUUUCCAUCAGCAUUCAGAGAAGAUCUCAGAUAAUGUUUGUCUCAAAAUCGUCUGACAGUUAUCUGCUUUGAGACGGUUGAUGGAAGCGCCGCCCAGUAAUCUCCACUUUGAUCCAAUCAGAAGACAGUUCAUGCAUUGGGCUUCAGAUGUGGGUUCAGUUACUUCUGCUUUGGACAAUUCACCCAGUCUCCAUCCCGUUUGGAGGUUUUUUUGAGAGUGUUUUGCUUCACAGGUGUUAUUGUAAUAAUGCUCUGCUGUUGGUACUGUUCCUCUCCCUGACAGCACCUUUUCUGCUGUUCAACUCGAGUGCUUUCUUUUUCAUGGGGUUUGUCAUCGAGUGUGAUUGUUUUUGAAGGAAUGUGAUUUGAAUCACUCACUAAUAGUGACUGACACUUCUAAGUGUGGGCGAUUAUUGCUUUCUGUGUAAGAUUUGCCCGAACAUGAACAAACCGACACAGUGCACAGCCCUUUCUGCAGUUUCAAUGCAGAAACAAACAUCUAAUGUUGUAUAGUAGAAUGUAAAAAAGAAAGAACGUUUAAAUUAUAUAUAUAUAUAUAUAUAUAUAAAUAAUUGUAUAUUUUAUAUGCCUCAUAGAUUAAAUACGUAUGUUCCAUGAUUUAAAAUGAGUCAUUUUGUAACAGAUAAUGAAGUGUCUUAUUAGAGGAGGUGUUGCACAGUUGUACGGCUUGUUUUCUUUCUGUAUUAACCAUCAAAAUAAGCUUUAAAAAUAUCUAACAUUGUUUUAAAAGAAAUUAAUGAAUUGAGUUUACAUUCUAAGAUAUCUCGAUAUUAAUGAUGUUAUAUUGAAUUAUUUAUAAAUCAACCUGGAUAUUGUGAAAUAUUUGAAAAUAAAUAUUU